CAGUUCCCUCGCAUGCCUCCAAUUCAUAGCGGCCAGAAGCAGCGACUUCCGCGUUCACAACUUUUUCGAACGAACAGCGGAGGAGUUUCAUCGUGCAAACGCAACCCCCGCAGGAGAAGCGACGAGUCAAAGUCACUCAGCGACCUCCUCCCGGGUAACAGCAUCAUUUCUGCCCAGCGCGCCUCCGUACAUUUUUUCAUCGCAUAGGCCGGACCAUCACCACCAUGAUGGGGUCCGAAUUGUGCCCCCUGUCGGUGAGGAGCAGGAGGCUGGUCGCGCGUAUAAUUUCAAUUUCGACCACCACGUCGAGAACAGCGUCGGAGUGGCCGAUGCAGCACGAGACGGACAUGAAAACUACCAAGAGUCGCAGAACGGUCCUUUGGGUCCUCGUCCUGUGUUACCCUUGUUACUAACACUUCGAAGAAGGCGUGUGGACAGUGCAGCUGGGCGAGCGCCAGGUCCUGAAGAAGAUGACUCCUUGCACAACAAGAUUCAGCACGGGGGUAGCAACACAGACGAAGAUGCAAAAACUAUCUCCCCGGCAUCCACGACCAGAUCUGCGACACCAGAGCAGCAUGAGAAACCUGAUACAGCUUCGACUGCGCAUAGUUCUAGUUCAUCGACACCGUUCUUGUCUUCGGUCGUAGCUCCUCCAGUUUCUGCCUUUAGUGCGGGCGCCCGCGAAGACCUGCUAGUACUGGAAAAAAAUCGCGAUGGUUUUAGAGAAAGUGAACAACUAGAAGGCUUCUCUCCAGCACAACAAAAAGGGCCGACCGACCCACACCUGCGCAGCGAAGAACUUGAGAGCAGCAAGAAAGAUCUCGGAGACCUCUUUGCCGCGUGUCUUUCCCCACUAAGCACGGCCGGCGCGGGUACGACCGUUGCGCAUUUCCUCGUUCCCCACAUGGCGGAUUUACCAGGACAUGGUCCUCGCGCGUCAAAAGCUUCUGGUGGAAAUAACCGUUGGAGUUGUGCGGCGACGCGCGCCCGCGACCAGUACUUCGCGCACUGCCAGUACACAGAUACAGGAGAAUGGUUGAGAAACGGCACUGCUGAAGAGGUGGCCGCGCUUCCCGGCGCUUCGAGUCGACGUCCGGCGGAGACAGCACACGAAGGAGCCUCAACGUCUUCCCGCCGCGUGGUCGCGUCCUCUUCUUCUGCGCCCGCUGCUAUGCGCUUUUUGAAAACCGUGGUGGGCAGCGCCAGCAAAGGCGCGCAGCAAAGUGCACAGGAGGUGGCGGAACUCUUGGACCAACAAUUUUUUGUGACAAUAAAAUCAUGGCGGGAAGUGCUGAACUUUCUGUAUCGAGAAAAUGGCGGCACAUGCCAAAAAUGCGGUGACAGGCCAGAAGGAGAUAUUAAUUGCGCAGCGGGCGGUCCUCAACAACAACAAGUACAAGGAGGAAGUCGUGACGACUGUGAUCUCGAACUUGAGUUCAUACCUGACUUGGUCCUGUCCCCUUACCCAAAACUCUACGACGAUAUCGCGCGGGCGGACUUUGAGCGCAUUUUGGAGGACGUCAAGGGCCAAAUGCAGUUCAGGGCUAACCUUCUGCGAACGCUACGGGGCAUCCAGCAUGCUCUGGCAGCAGACCAAGAAAGUAGACAUCAAAGGGCACCGGCGCAUGAACAACAACAAGGCGCUCCACGGGUAGACCACCCAGGCGAAUUUUCAGACAAUUUGUCAGGAACAAGCAUCGAAUGGUCAUCACCUCCAGGAGCAGUUGGCGCUGUCGGCGACCGAAAUUCAUUACAGUCACCUGACAAUAGAACACCAUCGCAAGAAGAGCACCCAAAAACCGAAGACAUUUCUUACGAGCUGCCCGCGUCGCCCAAUAUGAAAGAAGAGCAGCUAAGAAAAAUUCAAGCGGCCUGCGAGGGCCUGCGUCCGAAAAUUCCGCCUGCGUUCUUCACAGAAAAACAAUUCUUCUGGGAUUUCUUGCUGGGGCGCAGAAACUUUUUCCUCGCCUACUUUAAUCUUCGAGACGUGGCGGACGCAAUUCAAACCACCAGCUUCGCUCCAAAAGUCGCUCCGGUUCUGUUGGAGAUGUUCGGCUCGAUAGGGAAAGCCACCCUGGGUGGAGGCGAAAGUAGUGGUGUUCCCUCGUCAUUAGGCGCCGCCACUCAUGCCGAUCCAUCGCGAGGAUCAACCCCAGGCGUCCACCAAUCAGGCGGAUCAACAGGCUCGACAGAGACUGCAUCUACAGCAGCAGCUUCACAACACAGCACUACGACCACUUUCUCAUCUACUCGGAGGCGUCAAAGCAUGCCCAGUAGCGGUGUUGAAACUUUUUACCAAACUCCAUUCACCUCCCAUAUCAAAUGCAAAAAUGUCUGGGUCUGGAAGAUUCUAAACUUGUGAUCCUGUCUCUGGAUUAAAAAAAAAACUGUAUUGCAUGACCAGCAAGAGGACUCCAGUUUGUGCUAUACGCGGAGAGGGCAUUUCUCAUGCGGUAGAGGUAUCGCAAAGGCAAAGCGCUCUAAAAAUCUGUGAUGCUACGGCAUGCAUCACAGACGUCAUGGGUCACAGAAAAUAUGCAUGACAAAUCUAGAAAUCUUCCAGACCCAGACAUUUUUGCAUUUGAUAUCCCAGAGCCAGCAGCAAUUUGUCCGAAGGCGACUCACCAACAAUGUGUUUCAAGUGUUGGCGAAAAGCGAUGGCGCGUAUCUGCGGUAUUACGACGCUGUCACAGCAACGAAGCGUGUAGCAGCGCAUUGUCUACUUCCUCGUUCGGCUUCCAAAGGAGCAAGCAGCUCUGGCUCUACCAUUCCGACUGAGUUGCUGUCACUCCCUCACUGGUGUAGUAGUCAAGGCUCGACGAAGGAGGUGGACGAGAACAACGAGAGGCAGCAUGUUCUUGAGAAAGAAGUUGUACUAAGCUGCUUUGAAAGAUGGCGGGAACUCUUCAGUGCGAUGUUGUUGGGUGGAGCAGAGGCAGACCACGAGCAAGAGGAAGAUCAGUCACAGCAGCAUAAUACAAACGCUGGACAGCCACCGCAAGAAGUUCAUGGUGCGCAAAGAACAGCACCAACUCAGGCGGAAAGCUUACGCAUGCAACGGCUUCUCCCUCGCUUACCAGGUGUUGUUGAUGUGGGCUCUUCUGCUGCAGAACUGCCUCAAGCUCGACCCCGGCACCAAACACGACACGACGACCAAGAGCAACAAGAUGAUGAAGGGGAUCACAAUGCUUUUCAGAAUCAGAACGAAGGGGUCUUUAUGUACCGGAAUCUGAUCCUCAAUGACCGCCAGCGGGAGGAGCAGGAUGUCCGCGAGCUCCUUGCUGAGCAACUGAGUGCGCAACUGGACGAGUUGCACCUGACAGACGACGAGGAGGAAGAUCACGAUCCGGCUGAUGUUGCCCAUCAUCUUGAUGCGUUCGAUGUUUUAACCGACCGAACCCGAAAUGAAAAUGCAGGUAGAUCACGUGGUCAUCCUCCACCACAAAUUCCGCGCACCACUCGCAUGACCUCCACGGCGACCGUGCCGCCGUUUCUCACAACCGAGGGGAACGGCGUCACUCCGAUACCUGGAAGCCAGUUCGUUUUUCGAGGCGGCGGUUUAAAUAUCUCGAAUCCCCGGCGCAUUCCUCCAAACCAGGCUGACCAACGACCCUUCGCGAGCAGAAGCGCUCGCACUCGCAGUCUGCUUCUCCCCUCGCCUCAGGCGUCGUUCUUCUUGUCCGCGCCGAUGGUGUCCUUGGUACUGCGGCGCGUGGUGCUACCGUAUUUGGAAUUCUUGUCCACUUUCGCGGUCGUGUCUCGGACCGGAAAUAACAACUCCACCUCCGCGCAAAAGUUUCUGCGUGUUGCCGAGCCCCUCAAUUCCGACGCUUUGACGGAAAAGGUGAGUGCGAUCACGUCGUUUCUAACUUCCUGUCUGCAGUAUACGGGGGAGUUGUACCAAGAACUUUCCGUCGACGUCAUUCGAAGCGAGGAGGAAGCACGGGCGGCAGUGAGGCGACCGUCCGGCAUACUAAGGGUGUUCUAUUUGAGGAGCUUUCCCUUUUUGAAUACGGAUCGAGAGUACGUUCGCUUGUUCCGUGAGGUCGCGACAAUUGUACGACAUGCAGAAAUGCCUGAAGAGACCGAUCCCGCACCGAAACAGCACGGUGCGCCGGAUCAAAUGAGAGGGACAACAGCAGCAGCCAGUGCCAGUUCAUCAAGUGGCGAGGGCGACUCCUUCCCCGCGUACCACACAGGAGGCACUCAACAUAGGGACGACGAAGAGAUAAAUGCUGAAACGCGUGUGCUGCAUGAGCGAGGACGGCCCCAGCAGCACGACCUUGUGCGAAAUGAAGAACCUCCAUUCUCACUUCCGCUGAGACAACGGUUUGGUGCCGGGCGACCAGAACCAUUUUCCGUCGGAAGCCCAGAGCGCAGCUGGAGGAACAGCGAUUUUCUACUGGAGCGCCGACGAGUAGUAUCGGCGGCGGUUAGUACCGGAACAACGAGAGAAGAACGACCAAGGGCUUCGCCACCUGUUUCUGCAUCCCGCCAGAGCGCGAGCGGCCAAGAACCUGGGGCAGGAACAAACAUUGCGGGAGGAGGUACUGCUACUGGAAGCGGUACUACUAGACGCGCCGCACGGAUGAGUCCAACAUGGGAAAGCACCGGCCCUGAAGAGUUUACUUCCCGAACAGGGCGACGAUCUUCAGUUUUCCCAUCCUUCAUCGCUGGCAUAUCAGGGUCAAGAAAUGCAGCAGGAGCUGCUGCACCUUCUACUGCGGGUCCAGCACAUCAAGCACUUCAAGCUCCAACUGCAUCAAGAACGACGACGGUGGUGCAACGGGAUUUUGAGAUUCUCUGUGAGGAUAUCGUCCGGUCCUUUGUUUUCCUCGGACAAAAAUUCCCGCACACCCGCGACAUCGUCAACCUACGCAUGACGGUGUUGCUCCUGCAGAUUCAAGCGGCUGCACGGGGGGAUGAUGGAAAUCCAGGGAAUGAGAUCUGGGGCCGGGAGCCCUUUGCGCUGUUUUGCAACGCGGACCAGGUGUUGCAGGCCACUUUUUUACCGGUGUAAAAAAGAAGGUAGGCGUUCAUUCAGCUACUCGUUCAUGUGAGAGGCUGCAAAUCGGACGAUUGAGAUUCAUUGUGAAACUCUGCUACAACAACGUAACAAAGAUGAAUGGGCAGAGAAGCAAGUGCAAGGAGGAUACCAUGCCUCGUAUCACCGACAUAGACGUCGUCGAGGUCGAGGACAACACAAACAUGAUCUAUCUCUCACGACAUAGAAAAAUAAACAUGACCUCUUGUGAUAU